GUCAUGGGUACCAUUUCCUCUGAAGCUUAAUUUAUCAGCUCUUUCUUAGGAGUCUUGCUGUAGUGUUUGUGGAGCUGUCGUUACGUCUGCAUGUUGAGUUGUCUGUGGUGGUGAAGGUGGUGAUGGCGGUGAUGAGGAUAGUGGUGGUGGUGGUGGUGGCCUGUUUGACUUUGCUGGUGCAGGUCACUGAGGGCAACAACCCAUCCUGCUAUAAGUUCGCCCAGUUGAAGCUUCAUGAUGGAGAAUCAAAGAAUUAUUCAUGCCCCGAAGAGGAAUGUUCGGAAAGGAGCGAAACGAGUGGAAAAGUUACUGGAACAGGAAACUAUUUUUGGGAAUCGGACAUCUGUUUGGCUGCGUUGCAUGCAGGUGUUGUUACCAGACUGGGCACCAGUGUCACCAUCACACGGCUCAAAGGCAGGGCUCGUGAGGUCUUCGGUACAAGCCAGAACCGUAUAGUCUCCCAGACGAAGGAAAGAAAUGAUGGCAUUGUUUUCAGAGUGCAAAAUCUAGUGCAGGAGGAGCCUGACACGGUGGAUGAAGUGUUGAUGGUUCACAAUGGUGGUUCUGGGUCUGUCGUUCGCUUCACUUGUUUCUCGCAAGAUCAGAAAUCUACCAUCUCUGCCACCAGUCUCCGAAGCUGGAACUACACAAAGAUCGAGAUAAGUAAGAUGAACUGGAAGUGGUGGAAGUGUUACCAGUCAUAACAGUAGAAGCGGUAUUUUUGGGUUAUUAUUAUUAUCAUUAUUAUCAUUAUUAUUAUCAUUGCUAUUAUUAUUAUUAUGAUUAUUAUGAUUAUUAUGAUUAUUAUUAUUAGUAUUAUAUUGAUUGUUAGUAAGUAUUAAUGUAUGUAGUAGUAGUAGUAGUAGUAGUAUUAAUGGUAGUAGUAGUAGUAGUAGUAGUAGUAGUAAUAAUAAAAAUAAUAGUAGUAGUAGUAGUAGUAGUAGUAAUAAUAGGAAUAGUAGUAGUAGUAAUAGGAAUAGUAGUGAAAAUAAACAUGGGUGGAGGUAUCUUUUAUGUAGUAGAAAAAAAAGUAGUAGUAGUAGUAGUAGUAGUAGUAGUAGUAGUAAUAUCUAUUACUACUACUACUACAAGUAAUAGUAAUAGUAGUAGUAGUAAUGGGAGUAGGAGUAAGAAUAGUAGUAAUAGUGGUAGUGAUAGUAGCAGCACCAUCAGUAGUUUUAGUAGUAACAGUCAGCAUCAGCCAACUUCUUCAUGCCGUGCAAUAGGGCAAGGUGGGGUAAGUUGCCCCCCUUAAGAGAGAUUACCUGUUGUUGCCACAUUUUUUGCAAUAGAAUUUAAAAAAAAAAAUUCUGUUGAAAUCUUAGGCUAAGGCCUAUCUGUGGUAUGUAUUAUAUGCAUUCAUUAUGAUUUACACCUUAUUAUAAUGACAAUUUAAAAAAAAAUAAUAAAAGGGGCUUCUUACCCCGCAUGUGGGGUAAAACGCCCACUGGGUAGGCCUUUUACCCCACUCUGGCUUACAAUAAUAAAACUCACAGAAACAUAAGGAAAAUAGUUUUUUACAUUAUAAAAAUAUAAUAUGUAUUCCCUUAUUGAAAACUAUACCUAUAAAUCUCUCUUGAUGUGAAAUAUAGGAACACAAUCAAAUUUGUGUCUCCUAAUGAACAGAAUGUAAAACUAAACAGUUAAUUUUCUAAAAGGUAUCCCCUUCUUUUAGACUAGUAAUAUUAGACAAGCUUCCCUUUCCUCUGAAUUUUUGUAACAAAAGGAACAUCUACUUCAUGAAAAAUAUAUGGAACUAAAUAUUCAAUUAGUUUGAUCAAAUAUGUCCUUUCUUUUGAAUAUUGAUAUCUGAAACACUUAAAAACACCAACUUCCUUAUAGUAUCAAACUCAAAAGUGUUCACUUAUGGAUGCCUUUCAAAAACUUCAACAAAUUCUAUUUAUAGCAAUACUGUAAUGCCUAAUCAGACUCGCAGUUUUGACAUACGUACAGAUCUAGGCCUACUCCAGUUGUGCAUUCUGCAUGUGGCCAAUUUCUACAACCCUGACACUGGACCCAUUUUUUUUAAGGUCUGCUAUUAGCAAAUAGUUCCCCACACACCAAACAAGGCCAUUUGCCAUUUUGUUGAUCAUGCGGUAAAAGGCCCACAUGUGGGGUAAAAGGCCUCCCUGUGGGCACCUUACCCCAAAGGCACAGGGGGCCUCUUACCCUGGCAACUCAUAUACACACAAAAUGUCACCAUCUUUCCUACAAGUAAGUAGACAGAGUAUAAUCACAUGCAAUAUGGUCUAGACAUCUUAGAGCAACUAUCCAUAGCCAUCAGGCUAACUCUACAGUUCUUUGUCGUUAAUUAGGUAUCAUUAAAAUCACUAAACUUACAAGAAAUUAGUCAAAAAGAAGAAAUGUCCCCUUGUGGCCAGAGCAACUGUCCAUUGUUGACUCCAGUAGUUCCUGUGAGCACAGAGAGUUGGCGUUGCCUACUUGAUCAUGUGACUGCUUGAGAAAAGAAAGAAAGAAAGACAAAACCAAGGGGGGCCCUUUCACCCCAGGGGGGCAUCUUACCCCACCUUACCCUACCACUCGGGCCGUGUUUGUUUUCUAGGUUUAACGUUAUUGU